AUGAUGUCCUCAACUGCAGAUAAUGAUCCUUUUAUUCAAUUUCAAAAUGACGUGCUCUCUCUCCUAGAAACAACCAGACAGUCCUUCUCCUCCUACCUGCGAAUCCGCUCCCUAACUCCCUCUCUCACCUCUCCCGAGCUUGCAUCUGCCUAUUCGGAUCUCGCUCAGAACCUCACAGACCUCCAGGCCGACUUGACCGACCUCCAAGCUUCUGUCGGCGCGAUCGAACAGGAUCCCUACAAGUUUGGCCUCGAUGUUCCCGAGGUAGUGCGGCGUCGGAGGUUCGUAGAUGAGGUCUCGAAUGAGGUCUCGGAUAUCCGGGAGGAGCUAGCAAAGCACUCCCCUGGUAGUGGCGCGGGUGGGAGUAGCUAUCCUGGAGGUGGGGGAGGGACAAGUGCAGACGAGGCGUAUACGCAGUUCAAUCUGCAGCAGCAGCAAGAGCUCCUGGCGGAUCAGGAUCUGGCGCUAGAGGAUGUGAGUAGGACUGUGGGUAAUUUGAGGGAACAGGCUCAUGAGAUGAAUAGGGAGCUUGAAGAGCAGGCGGAAAUGCUGGAUGGUGUAGAUAGAGAUGCAACGAGGGUAGAGGAUAAGCUCAGAAGGGGCGUAAGAGACUUAAAUGGGUUCAUUAGAAAGAAUGAAGUACUGAUUCUAUAG